AUGUCGAGCAACCGCAAUUACGACUUCCUUAUCAAGCUGUUGCUGAUCGGCGACUCGGGCGUAGGCAAGUCCUGCUGCCUGUUACGCUUCAGCGAAGACUCAUUCACGCCUUCAUUCAUCACGACCAUCGGCAUCGAUUUCAAGAUCCGCACCAUUGAGCUGGACGGCAAGCGUGUCAAGCUCCAGAUCUGGGAUACCGCUGGCCAGGAGCGCUUCCGCACCAUCACCACCGCCUACUACCGCGGAGCCAUGGGUAUCCUCCUCGUCUACGACGUCACCGACGAGCGGUCUUUUAACAACAUUCGCACCUGGUUCGCCAACGUCGAGCAACACGCCACCGAGGGCGUCAACAAGAUCCUUAUCGGCAACAAGUGCGACUGGGAGGAGAAGCGCGUUGUGUCGACCGAGCGCGGCCAGCAGCUCGCCGACGAGCUUGGCAUCCCCUUCCUCGAGGUCUCUGCCAAGAGCAACAUCAACAUCGACAAGGCCUUCUACUCCCUCGCCGCCGACAUCAAGAAGCGCCUAAUCGACAACCAGAAGAACGAGCAGCCCGCUGCCUCGGGCGUCAACGUCGGCGAGCAGAGUGGAGCCAACGGGAAGUGCUGUUAA